GGAUUCUAUAACAUUUAUGAAAUGGAUAAAAGUUGGAUGAACAAGACUAGAACCAUUAUUGAAUAUAAGAAAGGAUUUAAGGAAUUUUCUGAAUUACCAUUUCGUAAUACAUCUUAUGAAAUUUUUUGUCUUUGCAUUCGAUGUGGUAAUUCUUCUUUACAAACAUAUAAAGAUGUUAAA